CUGGAACAAAUUUCCCCCUGACUGCCGAUCAUACCUUCUGCAACACCUCUAGGUAACAUUAAUAUUGCACAGCUAAGACUCUUGCUUACCUUGUCUCUCCUUUAGUGUCCUCUCUGUGACUUAUUCUCCUUCCUUCAAAUCAAAUAUUCACAAGUUGUUCCAUCCACCCCUUCAUCGACUACCCGAUCUCUCUUUGACCGCGCCUCUGAUCGUGUCGAGAUUCAUGGAGUAAUGUCAUAGAAAUUAGUCAUUUUACCUGCACUAAAUUUAAUUUUUCUCUAUUCUUUCUUCCCCCACAAAAUUAAAAUAGCCACAAGAAUGCCAUCUUCCGCAAAGUCAGAUAGCUCCAGGGCUCAAAAGCUGGAUAACGACAGCUUCGUUGCUUUUGACCAUGCCGCGGCUGGACAUGAGGGCGUUCGGUGCACCCCCUCCGGCACCUUUAUCGCGAAGCCUUGCACCCCCGCGGAGGUCGCAUUCUACGAGUCCUGCGCCCUCCACCCGGCUUUCGAGCCCUUCAUCCCUACCUACAUUGGAACUUUGACAUCCGCAAAUGAACAAUCACCGCUUGCGCUCGCCAGUGCCCAACCAGGCGCUAUCGUUCUCCCCAUCUCCGAUUCGUCGGAAGCCUCGACAGCUGUCGCAACGCCCCAACCCAGCGGGGCUACAAGUGCGCCGGAAGAAUCUGCACAAGAGGAUGGGCAAUGGGUACCAUCGGGUGGGAAGAAGAUCGAUACGGGUUUGUCCAUCGUGUUGGAGAAUGUGGCAUCUGGGUUUAGACGGCCGAAUGUCUUGGAUGUCAAGUUGGGGGCGAGAUUGUGGGCAGACGAUGCGCCGCUGGCGAAACGGACAAAGUUGGAUACCGUGUCUAAGGAGACGACUAGCUCUAGUCUUGGCUUUCGAAUUGCUGGUAUGAAAGUGUGGACUGGCGUGAAUGGGGAAAGUGACGAAGGGAGCAAAACCGACCCCUAUGCGACCAAAUACGAGGGCGCCGAGGGCACGAAAGGCGAGGUUAUUGAGAAAGACGGCUACAGGCGUUACGACAAGUGGUACGGACGUUCAUUCAGCGACAAGAAUGUGAGGGAGGGCCUCGAGACUUUCCUGGCUGGCGCGAAGGCUGGUGUUGUUGAUCGCUCUAAACUCAUUGCUAGGAGGCUGGCCGAUGAACUGAACGAACUGCAAAAAGUUCUUGAAUCCGAUGAAAGCCGGAUGUAUUCCUCGAGUGUCCUGAUCAUCUAUGAAGGUGACCCAGUGGAGAUGGAGAGUGCACUCAUGGUGGAAAAGAGCGCCAGGAAGAACUCAGAAGAAGGGUCAGAGGAGUUGGAGGAGGAAGAUAACGACGAAGAGUUUGAACUUCAACUCCAGCAGGACGGGGCUUAUCAGGUGGUGGAUCUGCCAGUCGGGACAGAUGGCAAGCCCCAGCAGGCCAUUAAUAUCAAUAUCGAGGCGGAAACAGCUCAGUUAGGUGACCUGGAAGACGAAGAGGACGAGGAAGACCCUCCAAAGGUGCAUGAUCUUCGUCUAAUUGACUUUGCGCACGCUAGCUGGACGCCUGGCCAGGGACCUGAUGAGAAUGUGCUCAUGGGAGUGCGGAAUCUGGCGAAAUUCUUCGAUGAACUUGCUGCAGAGUAAACCUACAAUUAUAAUAGUCGCUGGCGACUUGUGGAUAUCAUACUCAUGCACCCGGUUAUCAAAGUAUUAGUGACCUUUUAAGUAGUAUCUGGACGCUACUCUCCCCUGUCACCCAUAGUAUU